AUGUUUUUCAAGAAUGAACCACCUUCAUUUGGCCGUUUUCUUUCACCUGGGGGAGAAUAUUUUUGUCGAGUUAAAAAUGCAUUAACACAUGCUAAGGUAGAAGUUAUACAUGAAAAUUUAAACAUUAUUCAACAUCUACCAGAAUCAUUAACCAAUAAAUUAGCAUCAUAUGAUUUUUAUACAUUUGAAGAUGAAUUAAAAUUAAUUAAUUUAUUGUCUGAACAAAUAUAUUUACAUGAAAAUGAUAAAUUGAUAUUAUUUUGUGAAACAAAUCGUAAACCAAAAGAUGUUCAAUGGUUUAAAAAUAAAUUAGAUAUUUCAUCAGAAUCACAACAACGUUUGGAAACUUACAAUAUUGAUUCAAUAUCUAUAUUAAUUUUAAGUAAUGUAGUUGAAAAUGAUUCCGGUUUAUAUACAUGUCAUCUUGAAAAUUGUUGUGAUGAUAUAGUUAUCGAAAUAUUUUUCCAACAUAAUCAUAAUUUAUUAUUAAAAGAUAAUGUUAUUCUAUUCAAAAAUAAUGUUCCAUUAUAUAAUGAUUUUGAAAUUAAUCCACCAAUUGGUACAUCAUCAGAAUUAACUCAUUGGACUAUCAGUAUACUUGAUAUUAAUUUAAAUAACGUUGGUGUUUAUUCAAUUCAAAUGAAUCAAGAACCACAAAAUUUAUUUAUUAUGUCGAUCAAGCCGCGUUCCUUACAACGAAAAACAAUUAUAUCACCUAUAGAUUAA